AAUUUUGCUAGUGGCAACUCCUAACCUCACCUCAAACACCACCCAACACUCUCUCUUACAUUUUCUUUUUCUGUUCUUCAAUCCCAAAACUCCAAAGUAACAAUCUUUUUUCUUCUUCUGAGAUUAGAAAAAUGGGGUACCUUUCUUGCAAAGCUGAAUCUGCUAUCUCCGUCGCCAAUUCCCAGACCCCAUCGUCAGCAUCAUCAUCAUCCCAUGAGAAACCCAUCAAGAUCCAACACUUCGAUUACAGUGAUCUCGUGGCUGCCACCAAUGGCUUCUCUGAUCAGAAGCUUCUAGGCAGAGGCAGCCAUGGCUAUGUCUACAAAGCUGUACUCCGUGGCCGCCUUGUUGCCGUCAAGAGACCCUCCAGUGCUCGCUGCCAACUUCCCAGACCCACCUCGGUUUCUGGGCCUGAACCCACCAACGAGGUCGACAACGAGAUCGAGAUCUUGUCAAAGAUUCAUAGCCCAAGACUUGUCAAUCUUCUUGGGUUCUCCAACGACUCGAAAGAUAGGCUGUUGGUGGUGGAGUUCAUGAGCAACGGUACUCUCUAUGAUGUCUUACAUUCUUCUAGUACUAAUAACAAUAAGCCUCCCAGUUGGGGAAGGAGAAUUAGAUUAGCUUUGCAAACUGCUAAGGCCAUUGACACUUUACAUUCAUCAAACCCACCUGUAAUUCAUAGAGAUAUUAAGUCUGCAAAUGUUCUUAUUGACCGUAGUUACAAUGCUCGGUUGGGGGAUUUUGGGUUGGCUUUAAGGUGCCAUUUGGAUGACUAUAAGCUCCGGUCAACCCCGCCGGCGGGAACUAUGGGGUAUUUGGAUCCUUGUUAUGUGACCCCGGAUAAUUUGAGCACUAAGACUGAUGUGUUUAGUUUUGGGAUUUUGUUGUUGGAGAUUAUAAGUGGGAGGAAGGCUAUUGAUGUCGGGUUUUCGCCACCUUCAAUUGUGGAUUGGGCUAUUCCGCUUAUAAAGAGAGGGAAGCUAAUUACUGUUUAUGAUCCUAGGAUUGUGCCUCCUAAAGACCCUGUUGUGAGGAAGCAGCUGGCUGUCAUUGCAGCAAAAUGUGUGAGGUCUUGUAGGGAGCGGAGGCCGUCGAUGAAGGAGGUGGUGGUUUGGCUUACUGGGUUGAGUAAAUUGGUCCCUCUGCAUUCAUGGAAUAAUUUUAACAAUCCAUGUACGAUGGUGGAGACCAUGGGGCAACCGGUUGAAUCAAGGGCUUCACAGAUGAAUUUGAAGCCACAUGGGUUCGGAGAAGAGCAUUUUGAAAGCAUGGAAGCUAAGUUGGCUAGGCAAGCUAUGAGGAAUUCGAGGAGGGUUUAUUCUGAUUUGGGGUUUAGUAGCAAUUUGAUGGAGCUUAUGGCUGGUACUGAUGAAGAGUCUGAAUUUCGGGGUAAGGGAGAUGGACACGAGCCCAAUUCUAAGCCAGUAAAUCGGGUUUCUAGAUUUAGCAGUGCAAGAUACUUUAGCCGAGGGAGUAAUCAGUCAACGCCUAGUAAUGGGAGAGAAGUCCCUCAUUUGAAUCGAAAUCAUUCAUUCGGACAGAGGUCAUUUAUAUGUUCAAAAAGAGAUGAUACCAUUUCGCAUGCAAGUGAUAUCCAGUUUGCUGCAUAAAUAUUAUUCAAGUGAAUAGAAUGAAGGACCUGUAAGCUUUCUGGCUUGCAAUUUAUACAUUGAUGUAGAGUUGUUGGUAUCUCAUUUAUUCUUGAUUUUGUUACCUGAUAUCUGUGUAUUCAUUUAUUUGUUAAUGUUUUAUCAAUU